AUGUCGGACCGGAUUGCGCAAAUCACGAACCACCUCAACUACCCCAAGGGUCUCCUCGCCGGACAAGUCGCCAUCGUCACCGGCAGCGGGCAGGGCAUCGGUGCCGAAACUGCGCGUCUCUUUGCCAACGAGGGCGCCAAGGUCGUCGUCACCGACAUUGAUGCCAAGAAGAGCGCCGCCGUCGCCGACGCCAUCAACAAGUCUGGCGGCCAGGCCAUCAGCGUCCCCGGCGACGUCCUCGACAAGACCUACCUCCAAGUCCUCGUCGACCGCGCCGCUGCCUUUGGAAACGGCAAGAUCCACAUCAUUGUCAACAAUGCCGGCUACACCUGGGACGGCGUCAUCCACAAAAUGACGGACCAGCAGUGGGAGACGAUUCUCGCCCUGCACGCCACCGCGCCUUUUAACCUAAUCCGCCUCGCCGCGCCCUACUUUCGCGUCAAGGACGGCGAGCCGCGCUGCAUCGUCAACAUUUCGUCCACGUCGGGCGUCCACGGCAACGCCGGACAGAUCAACUACGCGCUGGCCAAGGCUGGCGUCAUAGGCUUCACCAAGACGAUUGCGAAAGAAUGGGGGCCGCAGUUUGGCGUGCGCGCCAACGCCGUCGCGUUUGGGCAUAUUGCGACGCGGCUGACGGCGGCCAAGGAGGAGGGCGCGUUCGUUGAGGGCCCCGACGGAAAAAAGAUUGCGCUGGGCAUCCCGAAGGCGCAAAAGGGAACGGGGUCCGGCGCAGCGCCGGCAAAGAGCGACAUUCCGCUGGGAAGGCCGGGCACGGCGACAGAGGCGGCGGCGGCUAUCCUGGCGGUGGCCAGUCCCUUGUUUUCGUACGUCACUGGCCAGACCAUCAUGGUGACGGGCGGCCGCAACAUGUAA